UGAUGUUCAUCUAGUCUCUCAGACGAGAUUACCACAAGAUGAUACUGGACCAGCGGCUAGCGGUCGGCAAGAAGAUCGGAGAAAGCAGAGUGAAGCGAUGGGGAACGAAGCGAAGAUGGGAAACCUUCUAGUAUUGUACCUGAUGGCUUUUGGCCAUCAACUACUGACAGUACUACCAUCUCUAUAUCCACGGCUGCCGCUGUUUGAGACAGGAACCGCAAGUGUGUACCAGAAUACGCAACAAAAGCAAGAAGCUAAGGCAGAUGACGCGACUUCUUAUGAGAUCUUGAAGAUUUAGCUUUAGUUAAUACACUAGGACUCACGACUUAUGCAGUUUAGUUUGCACCAGAAAGUAACAAGGUACAAUGAGGAGCGUUCGCAGCCCUCCCAGCAUAACUCUAGCUUAUUCCGACCCCAACCCGUCAUUGGUCUCCUUUGCGUCCCCACGGAAAUGCCGUUGCUCUAAUACGUAGGGGUGGGCAUCCUCGCCG